CCUUUUUCUUAUGGGAAGCGCGCUGGCUGAUCUGAAGUGCUGGGCUUUGGCUUGUCCGUUUCUGGAGCUGGUGCUUCAAGGGACCCACAAAAUGUGACUCACCGCCUGGCUGGUCUCACUGGCGGUGCACGGAUUGUGACUCUUUCUCUGGGUUUUCCCUUCCCGGCUUCAUCAGCAACCUUUUUUCUGCGGGCGGGACAUGUUUUGAGGCUUUUCUGCCCAAGCCAGCAAGUACCCGUGGGUCACCAUGGCAACCAAGCAGCCUCCCCCUCUGAUGAAGAAGCACAGCCAGACAGACCUUGUGAGCCGUCUGAAGACAAGGAAGAUCUUAGGUGUUGGCGGAGAGGAUGAUGAUGGCGAGGUUCAUAGGUCAAAGAUCAGUCAAGUCUUGGGCAAUGAAAUCAAGUUUGCAGUGAGGGAACCUUUGGGGCUCAGGGUUUGGCAGUUUGUCUCAGCCAUCAUAUUCUCUGGGGUUGCCAUCAUGGCUCUCACCUUUCCAGAUCAAAUCUAUGAUGCCGUCUUCAAGGAAGAGGUAGUCAACAGUAAAAUGCCUAUCCGUCUUUAUGGAGGAGCUUUACUUAGCAUCUCGCUCAUCAUGUGGAAUGCCCUCUACACAGCUGAAAAGGUCAUAAUCCGUUGGACCCUACUGACUGAAGCUUGCUACUUUGGAGUACAGUUCCUGGUGACUUCAAUCACCUUGGUUGAGAGUGGCCAAGUGUCUAUGGGAGCCACAUUUCUUCUCAUCAGUCGAGCCCUCUUUGUACUUAUCAGCAUUUAUUACUACUAUCAAGUUGGACGCAGACCCAAGAAAGUCUAAUGGCCAGAACUUUAAGAGGGUGGAAGACCUUGGUUGAUUCGGAAGGGCUGGAGGGCUUUUCUAUUUUUUUCUUUUUCUUUUCCACAUUCCUUUUUGUUAGUGCAUUGUCUUUAAAAGCAGUCAUUAUAGCAUGCAUCAAUGUGUCAGUCCAGUGCUGGUCUCCCUGCCACAGCAGACAAGAAAAAAGAAAGAUCAAAGCUGAGCUCCUUCCUGCCUAAUGUCACUUUGGAUAGGACAGAGAUAAUGAGGCUUGCUCAAAAUGUGAAAGGGAGAGUGAUUCCCAAUUGUUAGUCAAAUUACUCUGUAAAACUAGAUGAUGGCCCACGAUAUCCCAUUCUACUAUCCUCCAGACCGACUGGACUGAAUAUCUGUCACAACAGCCAGUGCAGGAUGGGGAUGGUAGAAGUUGAAGUUGAACUAUCAUAGACUGGGAAAGGGAUUUGGAGCAGUUUUCCAAGGUUUACAAAGAUAGACCCAGCAAUUACAUUGAAAUUGCAGUGGACAUUUUAAGUAUAUUCUUCCUUUUCAUUUGUCAAUUGUGAUUGGGUCUCUUGUCAAGUCUGUCUACAAAAAUCUUACAGCCAGGGCUGAAAUAACGUCUUGCUUUACGGGGGAAUCCCAAAGGCACAUUAUACAGAAUUCUUAGAAAGUUGAAUAUUGGCAUCUUUUAAUGUGCCUCUUAGAAAAUGAUACCAUGACCAUACAUCUGAAACCUGGAUAUAAACUAUAUUAAUUUAAAAAGAGAUUCAAGCUCUUUGGAUGGAAGCCUCAAUCUGCUACUGCUUCUAAAUAUGUCUUUUUAUUUUUGGACAUCAUUUCUCCCUUUCUUCUCUGCUGUUGGCCACUUAGUACUGUUCUAGUUAGCAGUGUUUAGUU